AUGGUCACGAUGCAGAGUGAUUCAGCCUUGCAGUUGAAUUUUUUGUGGCUAUGGAUUUCUCUUUGCUUUGCCGUCGUCGGUGCAACCAUCUUUCAGAGUCUCCCAGUGACGCUUCCAGGAUUAUUUACUUCCUUUUUCGCCCUGAAACGAAUCAAGGCAUCUUGUUUGGUCAUUCGAGACUCCAAUGAUCAAGACUUGGAAAUGCAGCCUCUGGAAGUAGCGGGGCAAGAGCCCCAGCUUCGCAAGCGCAAUGUCACCGUGUCACAAGCAUUUCGAAUGGCAUUUCGAAAAGAAAGUCACCACUAG